ACGUUGCUCGUUCGCGUUACGAACAAUGACACGGAAUAUGAUGCUCCAACGCUUCUAGUGAUCGUCCUGACGACAUUGACCGAUCUCACGCAGGAUCAGCACGUGGGGGGCUGCCCGUUCCAGCAGAAAUCGCCGCGUGAAAUUCCGCACGAUGAACACGCGAGUGCUCCUAGUGUUCGCAAGUGUUUUCGCCGUCACUUGCUCCGGCACCGAAGAUCUCGAUUUGGGCACGAUCGUCUUCGCGAAUAUUUUGUACAGGCAUGGAGACAGGACUCCCAUUAAGGCUUAUCCGAAUGAUCCGUAUAACGAAUCUUCCUGGCCAGUUCCAUAUGGACAGUUGACAAAUCUGGGGAAGCAUCAACACUUACUUCUCGGACGCUGGCUGAGGAAACGAUACUCGAAUUUCCUGAGCGACACUUACACGCUGUACGAUAUCUACGUUCGCAGCUCAGAUGUGGAUCGCACGUUGAUGUCCGCCGAAGCAAAUCUCGCUGGACUUUAUCCACCGGUGAAGAACCAGGUCUGGGACAGCCUCAAGUGGAUGCCGAUUCCCGUGCACACUGUUUCAGAGAAGGAAGAUUACUUGUUGAGACAGACGAAAUAUUGCCCGCGAUACGACUACGAGCUGCAAAAGCUCCUGACGUCGCCGGAAUUUCUACGCAUAAAUAAGGAGAACGCGAAGCUCUACGACUAUUUAACUGAAAAUUCUGGAAUGGAAAUAUCAUCAUUAAAAAAUGCUGAACAUUUGUACGACACUUUGAAGAUCGAGAAUUCGUAUAACAAAACUUUGCCGGUAUGGACGAGGUCAGUGUUUCCAGAGAAGAUGAAACCUCUCGCUAUACUCAGUUUCAUGACGGAGUCAUAUAACAAAAUACUUAAACGAUUAAAAUGUGGUCCGCUGCUCGGAGAGAUGAUAGAGCACAUGGUAAAGAAAUCGCAAAAUAAAUUAGAUCCAGAUCGGAAAAUAUGGAUGUACAGUGGCCACGACGAGACAAUAGCGAAUCUGCUGAUGACGUUGAAUGUAUUUGACCCUCACUGUCCACCCUACGCUGCUCUGAUUCUCGUAGAAUUAAGGACAAAUACUAAACAUCAGUAUUUUGUAACGGUUUCUUACAAGAACAGUUCUGCUGAGGAGACGUUACUGACUUUACCAGGCUGUGCUUCGUUGUGUCCUUUAGAUGAAUUUAUAAAUUUGACGAGGAGCGUUGUACCUGAGAACUGGGAGAACGAGUGCUUAAUGGGCUGGGACGAUAUAACUUCCAAUGAUGUCAUCACAUUGCUGACGUCGUCUGUAUUAAUGCUAGUUUUAUUAGUCCUGCUGGUAAUCGCCUUCGUGUAUUGGCGUCAUAAAAGAGAACACAAACAGUAUUAUCUUCGCUUGGACUAUAACGAAACCAUGUAACAACAUCGGCCAAAAAUAAUUUAAUAAUAACAGUGCGAAGCGCGUUAAUACCUACAAUUAACCGAAUAAAUAACGCUCGCGAUAAAACCGAAGGAGACGCUUCUAGCUAAUUAUCGUAUCGAACGUCUUACCCCGAGUGUCUUUCCAUGUUAAAUUUCCAAUUUUUUUACUGCGACGCGCUCGUAAUGAAAAGCGCUCGUCUGAUGGCACAGGAAUGUCCUUUGUACAUAAGAUUUUUCGGCACAAACUGCUGCGUCAAGAACAUAAAUUUUUAUAAAUCAUUGAUAAAACGGACAAUGCAGUCCUCAUUAUUCCAAUUCAAUUCGACAAUAAUAAACAAAAUUUACAGUGACAUCAGUCUUUUUAACAAGACUAUAUCAUGUAAGAAAAUAUAUACGUGUGAACGCUUAUAGAAAACAAAUUACACAUAACGUGUGUAUAACGAUUUCAUAAUAUUUCAUAUUUUGGUAUUAUACCAUAUUAUGUCAUUUGCGAACUUAUAUUGUCCACGGCAAAGCUUUCGGGUAUAAGUUUGAUUACACGUGGAAGAAAUCAAAAACCCCGAAUAUAUUUUAUUCCGUGAUGCAGCUGUACGACUUAAUUAUUGUUACUGCUAAUUGUACGAUACAUGUGUGAUAUAUUAUUUGCAACGAUCAUCUAGUCAUUGCUGUAUCGAGCUUGGACAUCGUCAGUUUCUUUACAAUGCAACAGUAACUUAAAAGGGGAAACAGCUGAUGCGUAGCACUGCCCACAAAUAUUUUAGUUCGAAAAUGCGAUCAGUGAGAUAGUUCAAGUAGAUAGUGACGAUUACUUGUAUCAUUAAAAAAAUAUAUAUAUAUUUUUCCAUGACAUGUUUGGAAAAAUAUACUUUUUUUCAUUUUUGAUAUUAAAGAUGAUGUUACAAAGUCAUACGUGCGAAAUCGUGACACGUACAAUUCUUACAACACGGAACAUGUUCCUGUUUCGAAAUUUAAUAUUAUUGUAUGUAAGCGUGCACGCGUGUCGAAUUUUUUAUUUUAGAUUAUCUUGUAUUUACAGGUGUAUAAGAGAAAAAUACAUGCAUCUCAUUUUAA